AUGCUAAACACACCUUCAUAUGAGAUAUUAAAUAAAAGAAGUACUGAAGCAAAUGUUUCUAGUAAUUACUAUAUUGAAAUAGAUUCUGAUAAUAAUAUGUUAAAUCAAGAAGAUUUCGAUAAUGAAAUUUUAGAUAAUGAAGAUUUUGAUUUACCAGAGACGAUGUUGAGUGAAGAUGAUAUGUUAACUGACGAUGAUAUGUUGACUGAUGAUGAUAUGUUUAAUACAAACAGUUCAAUGAGCAAAGAUAGUGUGCUAAGAGAAGUUGUUGAUGAAUCUUUAUCUACUCAAGCGUAUAAUAAUCUAGUAGAUAUAAUUUAUAAUCCACAAUUUAAUAGUAAAAAUGUUAUAAAGAACAUUAGACAAUUUAGAAAGUAUAGGCAACGACUAUCUUUACUUCAAAUUAAAUCACAUCAAAUUCAUAUUUCUGACAAGAAAACACUAUCUACAUCAAAAGAUACUAAAAUAGCAUAUUGCUUGUCAAUUUCUGAUAUAAUUUGGCAUGUCCUUAACAAUUCUUUACUAUUUAACAAAAUGUAUUUUGGCCCAGGCCAAGAAGUCACAAAAAAAU